UGGGAGCAGUGUAGCGCAUGCGCAGAACGGGCGAGGAAAUGGCGGAUAGCGGGAAGGCUCGGCCUGGCCCGGCGUCUCCUGCUGCUGGCAAAACCUUGACGGCGGAGCAGGUGGUGGCCGGCUUCAACCGGCUGCGACAGGAGCAGCGGGGCCUGGCCUCCAAGGCGGCGGAGCUGGAGAUGGAGCUGAACGAGCACAGCCUGGUGAUCGAGACGCUGCGCGAGGUGGACCCCACGCGGCGGUGCUACCGCAUGGUGGGCGGCGUGCUGGUGGAGCGCACCGUCAAGGAGGUGCUGCCCGCGCUGGAGAGCAACAAGGAGCAGAUCAACAAGAUCAUCGAGACGCUGAACCAGCAGCUGCAGACGAAGGGCCGGGAGCUGAACGAGUUCCGGGAGAAGCACAACAUCCGCCUCAUGGGCGAGGACGACCAGAAGCAGCCGCCGAAGGACAGCGCGGAGGGCAGUGGGCCCAAGGCCAGCUCUGCCGGCGUCCUGGUCUCCUAGGCGGCUCGCCCCAUGCCCUGCCCCCUUCCCCAAGGACUGUCCACCCCCUUCCGGGGCCCUGGUUCUCUCCGCCCCCACCCAGCUUAACUUUAUUACUUUGGCGUCUCAUGUUGUAUUUUUGUUAAAUAAAUUUGUUUUUGGUCGUGA